AUGACCCAGUUGAACCCAUCAGCUAAGGUGCCCGUCUUGUUGCUCAAAACCAAGUCAACGCCUGGCGACUCUUACGAAGACCUGUUGUCGCGCCAACAUUCUGGCUAUGAGUUCGAAUCGACUUUCGUGCCGGUCUUACACCACAGUUUCCAAGACGCAGGAAUGACACUGAUAAGGGACGUGCUGAAUCGCCGCGCUAUUGGCACCAAUACCAGUGCCGCCUACGGCGGCCUCAUCUUCACUUCUCAGCGGGCUGUCGAGGCGUUCACCAAUUUGGUUGAUGAAAAGAAGGGCGAGUCAACAUUGGUAGUUCUCAGAGUACUGUACUAA